AUGGACUACAUCAAGCUAUACCAAGACAAAGACUAUACCAAUCCAAAGAAACUACUAAUACAGAUCAUUCUACUACAGGUAUUCUACUACUUAUCAGCACUAAUCAUAUUCUACAUUGUCGCACUACUCAAUGGUUAUGAAUUCUCAAUAGAUUGGAUCUUUCAAUGGCAAUUGGUUUCCUUUGAAAACACAUUGGGAUUGACUUUGUUUGUACUAUGGCUAUUUGACUCAUUAAUGUGUGUGCUAUUUGUUACCAUCAUUGUUGGUCGGUCAAAACUUGCGUGGGACUUUGCAGUAACGAUACACAUCAUAAACUUGAUAAUAACGUGGUGUUAUGUUGGAAAAUUUCCCACGAGCAUGCUUUGGUGGAUGCUACAAGUGGUUAGUGCGUUUUUGUUGGUUACGUUAAGCACUUACUCCACCAGGUGGAAAGAAUUGAGAGUUACUUUUUUCACAAACAUGUUGGAAACACGACAACCUGAAACCGUGGAGUUAGAGGAUAUGAAUAGACCUAGCUGA